AUGAAACAUAACAGAAACAACAACCAACGAGUCAAAGCUGGAGUGCACAGAGAACGAAACCUCCAAUACAGAAGCCACGAGCUUCAAAAGAGAUCUCGAGCAAUUCAAGGCCUCAGAAAACAGCCCCAAAAAAAUGACAUAGAACCACCAUUCAUCAAAUACAUUGAAAACACAGAUCUGGAUGAAAGAGCAAAUGGGGUGCAUUUUCUUUCACUAAAUAGGAUUCCAAGAAUAGCUGUGGAGCCAAAAGGCUCUGAGAUGCACCAUAAGUCAUUCAGGGUUGUGCUCUUCGGUGGUGAAAUUCAGUGGGAGAAGGAGCGAUAA